ACUUUUACGAAUAUAUUUUUUCGGGAUACCAACAGAGAGAGAGAACACAAAAUAUAUAUUCUUUUCUAUAAGAGAGUGGUAAAAAUAAUUUGAGAAAAGGAACACUGAAACAAAAGAGCGAGUUCAUGGCCAUUGAAGGAGAAGCGUCGUUUUCCGAGGCGGCGGCGGCGACGUCGAGCUAUCCGACGGGAGGUGCUGGUGGCAAAUUGACGCGGCAACCCGCGAGGAGGCAUGCGGCGACGCCGUAUUCUCGACCACCACAGAACCAAAUACAACGGAGGCCGUGGAUCUCGAGAAUCGUCGAUCCUGCUUAUCGGAUUAUCUCCGGCGGCGCUACGCGGAUACUUCCCUACUUCUUCUCGAAAGCCACCUCCCCUCCUGCUCUUACCGCUCCAGACGAUCAACAUCAACAUCAAGAUAAGUUGCAGAAUGAUGAUACACAGGAGAAUGUUCCGAGUACAACCACAAAUUUAAAUAAACUAGAGUCAGCAUCAUUUGAAGAGGGAGGACCUAGCGGUACAGCAAACGUGAACGAUGGCAAUUUCAGUAUCAGUGCACAGAUAAGAGGGGAAACAGCUUUAAAUGACGCCGUUGCAAUCUCGGAGCUUGAAAGGCUAAUGGAAGGGAAAUCGUUUUCACAGGCUGAAACUGAUCGUCUCAUAGAGAUAAUAUCUUCAAGGGCUAUUGAUCUACCUGAUGUUAAGAGAGACGAGAGAACUUUGGAGAUUUCUUUGAGAGAGGGAGCCAAGAAAAAUAUGAGUUUCUUAGAUAAGAGAAAAGAGCCAAUUGGGGGCAAGGAUGCUAAUAGUGAACUAUGGACUACACCAACCCCACUUCCUAAGUCAAUUAUUUUUGACAAAGACAAACAGAUACACGAUGAAGCUGGUCUUUCACCUGCAGAACUUGCUAAGGCAUACAUGGGAGGCCAGACAUCAUUAAGUAGCUCCCAAGGUUUUGUAGCAAGAAAUGAAAAGGAUUGUUUUGAUACGGGUAUGCUUGUCGGAAAAUCAUCGCUUGCAUCACCAUCAAGCAAGCCUUCUGCUUGUUGGCCUGGUAUUAAGUCAACUGAGCAAUCUGGUUUCGCAACACCUCAACGAGAAAGCUUUGGGCUUCAAAAUUUUCCAAGGACCCCAUAUUCUAGAACCAUCCUUUCAAAUUCGAAGUCAAAGUUGAUGCAAUUGCAGAACGAUAGUAGCAAGCGCCUAAGCAACCUCCAGUCUCCCUCUCAAAGUGUGCAGACAAGAUAUGGCCAGCUUAGCAAGGGAAGAGAUGGCGGACUUUUUGGACCCAGUAGAAGAUCUCGCCAGAGCACCACGCCAUCCAUUGUGUCUCCUUAUUCACGACCUUCACGUGGUUCAUCUCGUUUUGAAAAUUCUGAUAUCAUAAAGAGCUCUGAAACAGGGGAAUCAGAUUACCUAUCGAGGUCCCAGACAACAACUUAUGGUAAGCAUAAAGAGUCAGAAGUUGGUACCCCGACUGUGCCUCCACAUUCUAGUCAGAUUGCUAGGACAAUAUUGGAUAAGAUUGGACGGUCCCAGUCCAACCCCAGAGGUAAAUCUGCUGAGCUAAAGCUUGCCACUUCCUGGAGAUAUCCAGAGUCUUCGAAAACCGUUGAACAAAGCAGCUCAAACGCCAACAAUGUGAAAAAGGAUGGCUCAGCUAAAUUGAAUGAAGAUGUGCGGAACAUUUUCUCUCACAAUCAGUCGUCCUUUGUGCUUAAACCUCCUGCAAAUAGCACCGCUGACACUCAAAAUGGAAUGACCAAGACCGCUCCAGCGUCAAAUGGAAUAUUUCCUGGAACUCAGGCAGCAGGUAGCAGUGGUACCGCAGUCCAAUAUGAGUUAGGGAAGCCUAAGAGUUCUCUUUCCAGAAGCACACAUGGAGAGAAAAUUGAUGUCACUUCUUCUCAGGACGCAGCAAAAGCUGUUCCCUAUUCUUUUGGAGGCGAACCUGCAAAUCUCCCCAAACCACCAUCUCAUUCACUUGGAAACAAUAAACCUGUACUUCCAUCGAUCUCAAUAGCCAAGCCAUUCCAAAAAUGGGCAGUCCCUUCAGGUACAAACGCUGGCUUCACAUUUCCGGUCUCUUCAUCAGAUGGAGCAACAUCAUCAGAGCCUACAACUCCAUCCAUCAUGCCAUUCACAACAAGCCCAGUUCCAAGUGGUGGUAUUGCCAUUACAAGUCAUCAUAGAGCAACAAAGGAUGAUGAGAUUCCUCAAUAUAGUUUCAACAGUAAGAGAGCGGAAAAGUCGCCGCUGGUCUUUGACUUUCCUUCUGUGAGUGAAGAGGUGAUCAAUGAGGAGGAUGAUGCUAGUUUAGGUAUCGAAUUCACAUUUGGGUCUGAAAAGACGGAGAGAAUACCGUUCGGCUCAGCAGGAAGUGAUGGUGUUUGCUGUUAAAAAAACAAGGACGAUGGUCUUUUGUUUCCUGUAACUUUUCCAAUCUCUUAGUUUUACUUCUUUUUUUUGUUUACCUUACUGUGAGAGUAGAAUUUUGUUGCCUAGAAUCAUGUGUUUUGAUUUUAUAUUCAUUUUGAGAUGAUUGAUUUCUGUUGUAUCUGAUUUUUUAAUCAUCAAUCAGGAUUGUUCAUCUAUACGAUGAAAGUAAAAUAAAAAAAGGUCGAUUGAAUA